AUGGCCCAUGGUGAAUACAGCCUUAUAGAGAUUGGCGAUGUAUUACCAGAAUUUGGAUGCAUCUUCGAAGUCCGUCAAGAUCGAAUCUGCUCCUUUGCUUCGUAUACGUGCUCAUCGCAGACUAUACUACGGAUAGUGGUGGAGGUCGAUUCCACUACCAUACCUGAGCAUCCGAUCCGACAUUGUUUUGGAAUCAACAGCAGUGACAGCUCCGCCAAUCUCGACCAAAACACUACAGCAGCUAAACGCACAUUCAGACAACCAAUAUGCCACCUUGGCGUACUAGUGGCAUGUCAAAGCCUGCCAACUGGUCAUAAUAUCCCGGGAACUAAUGGAAGUUGCAUCGAUGCCGACGCUAUGGAAUAUGUCGACCCAUUCUUUUUCCAUGCCUUGAGUACGGAAGGUGCAGGCAUUGGUGAUCUCCAAUAG